UCAGCGAGAAAACGGGCUGUCAAGCUUUCCUAACAUUACUUUUGACUUUCCUUUCUUUGUUGCUUUACUUCGGACUUUCAAGACUACAACAGAGGUUAAACUACUAUCAAAUUUACUAAAAAUACUUUGUUAGAGUCUGUGGGUGUUUUUGUGAGAAUAACGGUGAGCAAACCAGCUAAUAAUAAGGAUAUUAGCUGGUUUUAGCAUCCUUUUCUGGCUGUGGAAGUACAGUUUUCUUUCUUUUUUAGAGCCAAACACACAGGGACCAGUCAGCUUUCUUUAUAAAUGAUUGUGUAAUUAGUUAAAGACACCAUGAUAGCCUCCCCAGCUGCGUUAUGUUCAGACUGACUGGUGUUUUCAGAGCUUUACGCAGGAUUGUCUGCAGUGGGGCCGACGACAUGCCGAAGGGCAAGUUUUACUUUGCUGUGAGGAAAGGCUUCAAACCAGGAGUGUACAGCACAUGGGAUGAAUGUAAGGGCCAGGUGGACAAAUUCCCCGCCGCCUCUUUCAAGAAGUUUGCAUCAGAGAAAGAUGCCUGGGCGUUCUUCAGAGGAGUCGACCCCUCUCCAGUUCCACAGGUGAAGAAAGUUUCUCAGAGCCUGGACUCGGCCCUCUCUCUGCUCCCUAAAAGAGGUCCGGAGCCUCUGGAGUACAUCGCUCUCGGGAAGAAGAGAAGUCACUCGGACGAGGACGCACAGACACGUCCCAAACGAGUAAAACCGUCAGAAAGCUCGUCUUCAGUAAGCUCUGACGGAUUCACAUACAUGGAUGAUGCUGUUGUUGUUUACACCGACGGUGGCUGCACAGGAAACGGACAGAAAGGAGCAAAAGCUGGCAUCGGAGUUUACUGGGGCCCAAACCACCCACUAAAUGUGGCAGAUCCUCUGGAGGGAAGACAAACCAACCAGCGGGCAGAAAUACAAGCAGCCUGCAAAGCGCUAGAGCUAGCCAAAGAAAACAACAUGAAGAAGUUGGUCCUCUACACAGACAGCAUGUUCACCAUCAACGGUGUGACCAGCUGGGUGAAGACCUGGAAGGUGAACGGCUGGAGGCUGAAGUCUGGAGGUCCGAUCACAAACAAAGACGACUUCAUGAAGCUGGACAAACUGAACGCAGAGGUGGAGGUGGCCUGGUUGCAUAUCCCGGGUCACUCGGGCUUCAUAGGGAACGAGGAGGCGGACAGGCUGUCGAGGGAAGGAGCUCUGAAGCCUCUCCCCAAGAAGUAGCUGUAGCUCGGAGAAAGACACUUUUAUUUAUAAGAGAUUUGCUGCAGGACAGUUUGGUCUGUUUCUCUACAGGAGAGGACGAUUUUCUGUUAAAUGUUCAUUUAAAUUAUUUGUUUUUGCUCUAAAUAAAGCUAAUUCCACAUCUG